AUGGUGAUAAUGAACGCUGGAAAUGCCACUGGGAUAUUCAAAGGUCUAUUCAGGACAACCCCUGGAAACAUCUCAGACAAGUACAGCACUGAUUUCACACCAGCUGGCUGGACUUUCCUCAUCUGGAAUGUCAUCUAUGCCUGGCAGCUCGCCUGGCUUCUCUACGCCUUGUCAGGGAUCUGUCGAAGGAAUGAACUUGGACGUGUCUUCAUAAAGCCAGACUUGCUGCCAAUACCUUUUUAUGUGGCAUGGUGUCUGAAUAAUGGCCUCAAUGUUGGAUGGCUCUUUCUGUGGGACCGAGAAUACCUCCUUCCAGCCCUGGUGUUCCUGGUAGUCCUCACUCUUACCACGUGUGCCUCCCUCUUCAUUUCACACCGAGCCUUGAGCAUCUAUUCCUCGUGGUUUGUGAAGGGUCACAAAGCUGAGCUCUGGCUCAUCCGCAUUCUGGUCCAGAACGGGCUGGCACUGUACGGAACGUGGACCACCAUCGCCACGCUGCUGAACUUCGCCGUUGUGCUGAUCUACCAGGGGAACGUGUCCCACGAGAAAGCAACCACUGCUUCUCUCAGCAUCCUUACUCUCUGCCUGGUGAUAUGGUUUUACCUAGAAAACUUCUCUCUUGAUAAGUAUGUCCGCUAUAACCUCACAAUCUACCCAGUGGUCAUAACAGCUCUGAUUGGCAGCGCAUGCAAGAACAGCUCGUUUUCAUCCCCAAUGACCAACAACAUUUUCAUAGUUGUUCUGCUGGCAGGGACUUCCCUGAUCUUUGCUGUUCGGCUGGGACUAGUCACGUGGAGACACUAUAAGAGACCACUGGAAGCAUCAGGAACCACAGACCCGUCAGGCACAGUGGCCUGAGACCUCUGGCAUGUUGUGGCAGAUACUUGAAAGGGAGAAAAAAGAAUUGGGCAUCUGCUGGCCGUUCCUUCCAGUA